AUGAUUGUGAUCGCACAUGCAGAAUAAAAAAUAAUUUAUUUGUAAAGGUCCAGUUUGUUUAUCAAACCAGUAUUACAAAUUCCAAUUCUAAUAUAAGCAGGUGAUCACUCUAUAUACAAUAAUAUUAGAUUAUUUUAAUUAUCAUAUAACAUACUCAUCGGAUUUAAUAAUGAUAUAGAUUUUAAUAAGGAUGUUGAAGUAAUCAUUCUGAAUGGUUAAGAAGAAAUAAACAUAAAAUAAUAUGACAUCUUUUCUGAUAUGAAUAUGAUUAUAAUUGAAUAUCAAUAGUUUAUUAGUAAUUCAUCCAAACUCAAACUUAAUUGUUAAUUUUUUGAUAUCAUUUAAUUAAAGCAUAAAGAACUAUGGACUCAAAAUUAGCUUUACCAACCUUUCUCAUUUUAAAUCUAGCGAUGGUUAUAGAAAAAAUAGGUUUUUUUUAUUAUUUCUAUAAUAAUAAUAGAUAGUAACAACCAAAAUUGCUGAUAUUAUUUUUGUUGAUGUAACUACAGUUGAAUAGGUUGAAAUGGCUUCUUCAAGCAAUCAAUAUAUUCUGUAUUCUAUUGGAACAGUGAGUGGAACUGCUCUUCUAUUUGGAGGGUUAGAUAUCUUUUAUAAUCUUCUAGAUAUAAGGAUAUAAGUAUUUAAAAUCAAUUUAUUUUAAUUUGCAUAUAUAACUAUGCAAUACAAAUAUUGUCAUAUCUAAAGUAUAUUAAUUCUUAAUUUUCUUUUAAUUUAUAAGAGUUUUUUAUUGCUCUGA